UGGAGACAAAAAGACAACCUCAAACAAUAGUCCUCUUCGAUAGAGACUUGAUGCCGAGCCGGCUAGUUGACACUAUCUACCGGACUUCUGCCAGUUUCGCGAUGCUCAAGCAUAGAGCCCACCGCACCCGCAGCGAAUGUUUGUUGAGCAGUCCAAGGAGACCAAAUUUUGCACAAGCAUCGCAAGGAAAGACUGCCUUCGAUGGAGUGCCACACUUGAUACACCUACUGAAGAUCUAAUCCGCGAACGAUCUCCGACCACAAUUACUCGAGACCCGAGUCCUCAACCUCGAUUCACAAGCACCUCAAUUCGCAGAAACGAAGCUACUCCAAUUUGGGAGAAGCAAAAGAAUACCGCGGGAAGAAACUGUAAUCAAGGAGGAAGUGCCUCGAAUUGCUUUAGAACUUUCCAUUCCUUGCGCGGUCCUCUGACGCGGUAUAAAACAAGCCAUCAUGGGAAAAGGAGCCUAUUGCACUUGCAGAUUUGGCCAAGGGAAUUACAGGCUACCGUCUGCCUCCUGCGCGGAAUUACAACGGCCUGCUCCUUCUGGCAUCACGCAGGGGGUCUCUGUCCCCUCCUGCGAACAUAAAUUGGGUCGAGCGAUUCAAGUUGCGCCAGUCUCCAUUCCACAUAAAUGGUCUUUAGAGCGCUAAAUCGAAUCUAUAUCAGCUUUUAACAAGGCUUCGCGACAUAGAGAUUGAUAUUUUUGGAGCUGCUUUUCUGGGAACUCGAAAACAUAUUUUCCAUUAUGGCUCAGUUGAUAUGAGUGUACCGAUUCAGGGCAAAUGUGCGGAAGCUAAUUGUUUUAUUUGUACUCGUUCUGCUACGCCUUGUGUCAAGUGAGUGCGCUCUCUAGUAAGGGAGACUUGCAUUGGCUUCUAGGUCUUCUUGUGGUUA